CCUCUCCUUCCCCCGCCCUCCUCGUACAAGCAAUGGAGGGCACUCUCGCAACAUCAAAUCAUGGUCCUCCACCAGCAAAGAAGUAUCGUGGUCCAGCAGCAAAGACAUUUCAGUGCAGGGGUUAUGGUGAAUGCAGGAUGGUAUUCAGCAGAUCAGAGCAUCUUGCUCGCCACGUCAGGAAACAUACCGGAGAACGUCCGUUCAAAUGCCAUUGUGGGAAGCAGUUCUCACGGCUAGAUAAUCUACGCCAGCACGCGCACACCGUGCAUGCCGAUCGCCCUGACCAGAACGAGCAGAUGAUGCGCGAUCUGGGUCAGCUGCAUUCGAUACUUUCCACGAAUGGACCUCGGCUUGGCGAUGGACAGGAUUCGCCAAUGAACGACAAGGGGUCUUUGAGCGCUGGUGGCAUCCAGGAUUACAACGAUAAUAGCCCUACACGUGGUUUUCGCAUCAUACCGCGUAAUCCACACGCCAGGCCUGACACGUCCGCUGGUUAUGAAGUCAACUACCCCGCCGAGCACGGCGGGGAUUAUUUUCAGUCUGGAACACUCCCCUCCGCCCAACAACAACAUAACCCCUGGUCCGCCCCUCGAGGGGCGGACCAAUCCUUUCGGGCCAACCCAGGAUUCCCACCCGGCGCCCCCUCCUUCAACGCCGCCGGCGCCUCCCCUGCCAGCACCGGUGGCCAAUUUCCUCGCUCAGGGCACUCCUUUCGCUUCUCCAACCACAGCAGCAGCAGCACUACGGCUUCCAGCAGUCUCCUUAUGACCAGCUCCAAUCACACAGGCCAACCUAUGCCGUCGGACCAGCCGGGUUCAGCAACCAGCACAACGAGCACCAUGUCCAGCCCUAUGGACCCCAAUCAGCCAACCCAGGUAGUUCAGCAACCUCUCCUCUCUCCGCAAGGCCUGGGUCCAGCGGGCUCCCAAGCAGCGCAGGUGGCACAGGCUCAAGGGAGACCCUACCACCAGUUUCAAUUCUCCUCGAUCGGGCUCCUCCCCCCUCCUCCCGCCCAGGCACGGGCGUUCGUCCAGGUACCUCCGGCUUCGGCUCCAGCUACCCAGGAACAGUUCAGGACCAAGGCUCAGGAUCAGCAGCACCUGCAAUCUCCUUCUACGAUGCCUUUGGAUCACCGCCAGGAACAGGCGUCUCCGUCAGCGGCGACGGGUUCUCCCCACCGUUCGUCUCCGACCCAACGCGGCCAACUACCGCGCCAGCAGAGUUCGCUCGCAAACGUCACUACCCUCUCCCAACCCCAACAGCGGCGCCGCAAGCGACCACUCGCCAUCUCCCCCCACCAGACGCCCUCGCAGGCACCUCAGACGGCACCGCCGCCCCAGUUGCAACAGGCGCAGCCGCAGUUCCCUACCUCUCUGCCCCAGCGGCCUCUCGCGCAUCACCACCCCGUAUCCAUGCCCAACUUGGCUUUGGCAGCGGCCGCCCAGGCACAGCAAGCGGAGCUGAAGGUCAAUAUGACAGCUUUGGUGAGUCCUCUGGAAGAGCAGGAGAUGCUGGAUUACUUUUCGCUUCUGCACGGCAACGGUCCGCCUUCGGCGCCCAUCCUCCCGUCGCGCAGCCGUUCCAACCUGUCGAUCAGCACUUCUUCCCCAUCGGACCACCAAGGGGAAUCGUCGAGCAGCCCCCUUCGCCAGGGUAUGAAUCUCAGUUCGCAUUCCAGCCACCUCCCGCUCCAGGAACAGCUGGAGGUGACUCUGCAGGAGGAGUAUACUCAAGGCCCAACACAGCAGGCGGAUACCUAUCCUCUUCCCGACCUGGAACAGCUACCGCCCCAGGAGGGUCAUCAAGCAUAUUCGCUUAUCGGCCGCCUCCCACCGCACCCAAUGGCCAGCAGCAGCGUAAGCGGACAUAUCCUUUUACAGACGACGAUGGCGACAUCCCAAUUCCAGAUGCAGCAGACGAGCGGCCACACACGCCCUCAUCCGCCUCACGUCCGAUCAGCAAGCUUCCCAGGCCAUACACGGCCUCAGCUGGAGCAGCUAGCUAUGCAGGCUCGAGACGGGGAAGUUAUGAUGUCGGCCCAGCAGGACAACAACCCGUUCGGCCAUAUACAGGAUUUAGCGGCGUAUCCAGCCCCAGCCUUGCGGGACAAUAUGGGGCGUAUGAUGGACUAUAUGCAUCCCCAACAUCAGCCGUCCGAGGGACCAUCCGUACUUCAUUCAGUAUCCCACAAUCUCCAACUGCACCUGCCCGCGCACCCACAACAGCAGGGACAGCCGCAGCAGCAUCUCCAACAGCACCUUCAGGGCUUCGUUCUGCCCCCUAUGUCGACGCUGGACAUGCAGAUGGCUAUGGGCCUAAACCUGGGUAUGUCACCCCAAAUGGGUAUGGGAAUGCAGAUGCACCCGAACAUGGGCAUGAACGUAAAUAUGCAACACAUGAACUUCGGAAUGGGGAUGGACCCCGCAAUGUUUCCCCUUCCGAUGACCCCUCUCGACCCCCCUCCCGAAGGCUCUCCCUCAUGGAUAUCUGCAGCCCAGAUGCCAGAUCAGCGGGCCCAGUUUAUGGCGGACAAUCAGCAGUACUUGGAUCAGAUUCAAGCGGGUCAUCAAAUGGAUCCACAGACACUCUCACCGGACCAAGUCGAUCCUUUGUCGAUGGGGAUGCAGCAGCAGCAGGAGAUGGCAGCAGCGUACGAAAUGCAGAACAACCAGUUCGGGCAGCAGAUGUUUCCUCCGGAGCCGGAUCUUCCCCAGACGGGUCAGCGUCCACCGCCGCUACAUCUGGAUCUGCCGGCCCCGCAUGUACAGUUCCUCCAGCAAGGCGGGUUUCAGCAAUCUCUCACAUCCUCGCAACACCUUCCCCUUCCCCUCAGCUCACCAGUGCCUCUGCACCAUCAGCAAACGCUGGCCCACGCAAUUGGCUUCCAUCAAACCCUCACGCCCUCAAUAUCCAUGGGUACCCACGCGGGUCCCUUGCUCAGUCCUCAUCACCUUCUCUCCCUCGGCCAGCCUCCCCUUGGGACCAUCCAGGAACAGGAACAGGCUCCUCCGCCGCCACAGUCGCUGCAGGAUUAUCAAAGCCAGCUAGCUCGGUUCCACCACCACAAGCUGCCGUUGCAACUGCGUCGCCUUCAGCGUUCGGGCUUAAGGCGUGAGACCGUCGACCCGAACUGAAUCUAAGCCUGUUUCUCGCACUAACUUUCCCGUCAUCUGUCUCCACUCGGGUUAUCUACUGAUUCUCCAGUCACUCGUUUAAUGGGCUCGUUCCACGAACUGCCUCCUAAUUCGCUGUGUAUUUCUUUGUCCUCCUGGGUGGAUCCCAGAUAUCUGUCUCCUCUAUGUCUCUCCCCCUCUCGUCCGUCCGACCCAACGUCAGGCACCUACUGUAGCGCUCUUUCGGUUAUAUCUCCUUACAAAUAUGGGCCGUCGUGUCUCAGUAGAGCUCGAUGUUGCGCUAUGAUUCCC